AAAUUCAAUUUCGAAUUCCCGUCAUUGUUUCUUAAUCAAAAUAUCCUCUGUUUCUACUAAGUACUGAUAUUUUUCAGGUUUUCGUAUGCUGUGAGACUGAGAGAGUGUGUCUUGAUUUGAACAAAGCAGUGUGAUAACUGAUAACAUUUCCAUUUCUUGCGUUCCCCGUGGUGAUCGAUGUGAUGGCUCAAUUGAUGUCGCCGGUUUCCACCCAUAUUCUCAAAUUCCAAAACUCUCGGUACAGUCUCCGCCCAAGAUACGAAUGCCCCAAUUUAGUUGGUAAUUGGUGGAGGAGCAGUCAUUGUGGGAGAAAGAAACAUCUGAGAAGAAUAAGAGCUGCAUCUCAGGAUUCUGCUGCAUCGCGGGAAGAAGUUGCAGAUGAUUAUUAUGCUGUAUUGGGUCUGCUUCCUGAUGCCACACCAAAGCAGAUAAAGAAAGCCUAUUAUAAUUGCAUGAAAGCUUGCCAUCCAGACUUGAGUGGUGACGAUCCGGAGACAACUAAUUUCUGCAUGUUUAUAAAUGAAGUUUAUGCAGUUCUCAGCGAUCCCCUGCAACGGAUGAUUUAUGAUGAAAUUCAUGGCUAUGCUUUGACUGGAAUCAAUCCUUUUCUAGAUGAUUCUAGCCCUAAGGAUCACGUAUUUGUUGAUGAAUUCAGCUGCAUAGGUUGCAAGAACUGUGCAAAUGUUUGCUCUGAUGUCUUUGGCAUCGAGGAAGAAUACGGAAGAGCCAGAGUUUACAGCCAAUCUGGAAUCCCGAAUAAAAUUCAGCAAGCAAUUGAGAGCUGCCCAGUUGAUUGUAUUCACUGGACUUCUGCUGCUCAGUUAUCUUUGCUUGAAGAUGAAAUGCGAAGAGUGGAGAGGGUAAAUGUUGGAUUGAUGCUCGCCGGCAUGGGCUCCGGAUCUGUUGAUGUAUUUCGGAUGGCAAGCACUCGAUGGGAAAAAAGACAAGCAAAAGUCUUGGAGCAAGCUAGAGUAAGUAUGAUGAAGCAAAAGGGCACAGAAAAAUAUGAAGCUGUUUGGAACAACCUUUGGGGACAAUCCAAGAAUAAUGAAAACAAAUCCACAGAGAAAGAAGUGAAGGAGAGGGCUGCCCGAGCUGCUGCUGCUGCUCGGAGAUGGAGAGAGUAUUCUAGGAAGGGCGUCGACAAACGCCCCACCUUCAAACUUCCAGAAACAAUCUCUAACACAGGCUAGAGUGUUUGAUCUUAUCAUAACACAACUGUAUAUAACAACAUAGUACUAUUGUCAAAGUGAGACAUGAAGCAGACCUCUAAUAUUCUCAGGCAAGAACAGAAGAUUCUUAUUGUAAUAAUAUUCAGACAAGAACAAAAGAUUCUUAUAAAAUUCUUAAUUGAGUAACAAACAGUAAAGGGCAGCCAGCUAUAGUUUUAAAUUUU